AUGGGUGCUGUGGGAGGACAUAGCCUACGCUGGUUAGGGUGGUUUAGCUGAGUCGUUGCAUUUAAGCACUAUGGACAGUUCCUCCCCGCAAGCUAAGCACUCGCCGGUGAAUAUAAAGCUAUCGCUCACCCCUGCAGCACGGUACACAGGCACCAAUCACUCGCAGGAUGGAACGUCUGCUGUAUUCGCCUAGUAGAAGAGCCGAUGUGGUGGAACAUCGAUAUCAUUCCACGCGUCCUACAUCACCUUCAGCGUUGCUGACUCCCAGCGUUGGCGCCAAGUCAGCCGAGUUGCUGCACAGAAGCAAUGGGACAGUGGGACUCCAAUUUAGACCAGCUCUAAAAUCAACCCGUUCUUUCGAUGACACCAAUCAAUUCUCCGGCAGAACACCUUUGAAAAUGAAUGAGAAAGAAGUGCUGCGCGGCCUGAACGACCGGUUCUCCGGAUUUAUUCACAAGGUUCGUCAUUUGGAGAGUCAAAAUAAAGAAUUAGAGAGAGAAAUCGAGGAGAUAAAACAGCAGACACAGAGCUCUGCAUCAGUUUCCAAAGAGUAUGACCCAGAAUUGAAAGAACUAAGAAAACUGGUAAAUGAAAUAAGCCUUCAGAAACGCCAUGUUGAAUUGGAUUAUUAUAAUAUGGAGGACGAAUUCCAUUGCAUACAACUUAAAUAUGAGCACGAAAUUCGCACCAGGUCGGACGCUGAGAAUACAAUUACAGUGCUGAAGAAAUACAUCUGUGACGCCAAUUCUGUUAAAAUGGGAUUGGACAACAAAGCACAAUGCCUUCAGGACGAAAUGAAUUUCCUUAAGAAAAACCAUGAAGACGAAGUGGCAGAGAUGAUGGCCCACAUCAAAGAAGCCCAGGUUACACCAGAGGCAGUUGACUUUGGGAAAGGUGACAUUACCUCAGCCCUAAGAGACAUCAGAAUUCAGCUGGAAGGUUGCACAGUGUCAAACAUUCGCGAUGCCGAGGCAGGUUUCCGCUCACAGGCAGCAAAGUUGACCAAAGCCACCGAGGUCAGUAGGGAAGCACUCAUGGCAACGAGACAGGAAAUCAGCGAACACAGGCGCAUGCUGCAGUCCAAAAGCAUCGAGAUGGACUCUGCCAAGGGUAUGAGAGAGGCUUUGGAAAAACAACUCUAUGGUCUCGAGGAACAACACAAUGCUGAAAUAAACCACUAUCAGAGCACCGUAGGACAGCUGGAGCACGAGCUUUACAGUUCCAAACAUGAGAUGGCUGAACAUCUUCAGGAAUAUCAGGACUUGCUCAAUGUGAAAGUGGCUUUGGAUGCAGAAAUCUUUUCCUACAGGAAACUCCUAGAGGGAGAAGAAUGUCGCUAUUCCAUUGUCACAGACACCAACAUAUCAGUUCCAUACAUUUACAGGCAGUCUCCGGUCUACACUCUGCCAUGUAUCGCAAGGCAUGGGGGAACUACUCGAAGAGCAGAACCUCAGUAUAAGUUUGUUGAGGAAAUAAUUACAGAAACAACAAGAGAGGAUGUGGAAAUUGAUGAGACUGAGUCUGAAGAAACUUUUGGUGAUGAGGAAGUAGAGAAAUUAAGUAGUGAGGAGGAGGCAGAUGUAGAAGCACAGUCUGGAGAAGCUGAGGAAGGUGAGGCCCAGGAGAAGCCAUCAGAGGAGGCCUCUGCAAGCACAGAGAAUGGCGCCCAUCCUGAAGAAAACAACGGAGAAACGGAGGCUGAGCCUGCUGCAUCAGAUGAGACCAAACAGACACAGGAGAAGCCAUCAGAGGAGGCCUCUGCAAGCAUAGAGAAUGGCACCCAUCAUCCUGAAGAAAACAACGGAGAAACGGAGGCUGAGCCUGCUGCAUCAGAUGAGACCAAACAGACUCAGGCUGACGAGAAGCACAGUCAAAUGGAUACAAUGAAAGGUGAGAGAGAUACGGAGGAACUUCAGGCUCCUGACACCAAUGGUACCUCAGAAGGGGACAAGGCCUCCAAAGCAGAUGUCCAAACGGGGGACAACCCUUCUCAGGAAACCAAAGAUGCUGAGCAAACCACUGCACCGACAGACAAGAAAGGUGACGACUCUAAAAAGCAGCUUGCCUUUGCAGAUGAGCAGAAACCUGUCUGUGAGGGCCUUAAUGACAGUCAAGAUGAGUCUGCUGGGUCAUACAGUAUUGUGUCAUCAAAUGCAAAUGCUCAUGCGCACAGUAAAAUAAUCCAUGGGAAAACGACUGACAGCAGAGAAGGUAAGCCAGCAAAGGAGAGAGGAGACGCCCCAAAGUCAUUGGGUGGUUACGCUGUAGGUGCAAAGACAAAAGAAAGUGAAGUAAUCACACCCAUAGUCCAGAGCGCUUCCACAGACAGCCCUGCUCCAACAGAAAACAAUAAGGAAGAGAAGCUGAAAGCCCUUGAACAGGGAGCCAAAGCCAAGUCAGAGGUGGGUACUGAUGUGAAUGCAUCAGAGGGAAACACACAGCAAGGGGGGAAAGCACUGGAUGACCCAACAGGAGAGAGAACGCCGUCUGUGGGAACACCCCAGACUGAGUCAACAGAAAAGGCCAGCACUAAAAAGAGCACAGAAACAGCUAAACAAGAGUCCAGCCAAGCCAGUGACACUGGAAAUAAGGAGACCACACAGAAGGAGGGAUCACAGAAAGGUCAACCAAUGACACAAAGCCCUGAAGAGAAAACAGACAAGGUGAAACCUCUGGAAAAGCCACAAACAGCGGAAGAAGUCAGUAAGGAACAAAGCAAAGAGAUGACCAGUGAAGGCAAACAGGGACAGGCUGGAGAAGAGAAACGUGCUUCCAAGAUGGACGUGGACAAAAUAAAUGAAGCAGCAGAAAACACCAAGGAUGAAAAAGAUGAGAAAUCAUCAGGGACCGUAAAAUCGGCUUAACCAUACUGCAGAUGACACAGAAAUAUGUGACAAGGUUGAAUUAUUUCAAAAGGAUUAAGACGAGAAAGGAAGACUAACAUGAAGUCGUCUUCCAAUAUAAAGUGGCUAAGAUUAGGUUGGACUGCAUGAUCGUUCUGGCACAAGCUAAUCUGAAAGCAAAUGUAUGGCUACUUACCCAUCAAUGGGAGCUUCAAACAUGAAUGUAAAUUGAUGCAUGUUUAGAUAAAGCAACUUGCAUAGGAACAUGAAUGUCUAACAUACUGUUAUUCCAUUAGUGCCAUCCAUUCCAUACUUUUGUGUUUUGUUAGAAUGCUCCAGGAUAAUAAAUGUAAUUUCAGCAUACCGGAACUUAAGUCUUUGUUGUGUAAGCUGCUGUUUUGGAGAUGGUACUACAGUUUAUCACUCAGGAAGUGUUAUGCAUUCUAAUAUAUAGAACCUUUGCUACGAUCCAAUGCCACAUUUGUGGACCACAUGAUUUAAUUUACCCUACAAUUCAGAGGUAGACAAGUAAAAUCACUUCACUGCACUCACAGGGUUUCUUCUUGGAGGAAACACAAUCAAUCAAUCCUCAGAGGAAGACUAUUGUAUGUGAUAAAUGCUGACCAUGUGAAAUUAAAUACCCUUGCAAUAGCUUCAUCUAUCAAGGGAAGAGCUAUAUAACAAGGGGUUUUCUUUAUCUGAUUUAUAAAAGGUCUUCUGUCA